UUGUACUAGUUUAAAUGUUUUAUACAUCAUCGCAGUAGUUCUGUAAUUUUAGCUCAUUUAGACUAAUUUCAAAAGUCCAAAAGUACGAUCGUGCUCGUGUUCUGCGAUAAUGCUUACCACUUUGAUGUAUCGAACCGCAGCGGUCACGAUGACCGUCUACAUGACCAAUCGCGUUGGAGUUUGGGGCAAAACGGAGGAGACGGAUCAGCUGCUGCAUCAGGUGGCCAAGGGACUGCAUCCAUUGGCUGGACUCCUGCGACGAGUGCUGAACUUUGAGGAGAGCGAUCUGAGUGUGACAGAGCUCUCCCGAAAGUACUACAAUGAGGGUGUGAAGGGCACCUUUCGUAUUAUCCGAAAUAUACCCAAUUACUCGGAGGAUCUGGCCGAUGGAGCCAAGGUCACCUGUCUGGAUCUGGUGGAGAAGGCCAAGGAGUUGCGCCACCAAGAAUAUGCAACAUGGUGGCAGAAGUCCACGAAUAGCGAGAAACUGAAGAUUGAUUCUGCAGCUGGCGAUGGAUCCUCCGAGGAUUUAAUCACUUUUCCGAAACCAAAGUCCGUGGACAACUUUGCGGGGCAAGGCAAUGUUGUCCUUAAACCGCGAACAAAGUGAGAUUUUAAGCAUUACUCUACCUACACAACAAGAAAAAGAAACAACUCAACUCAAACUCUGCAAAAUCGAAUUGUUAAAUCUUUGGGCAAAGAACAUGCAUGUAAAUCAUGUUGGAAUACUGUGCAAUUAAAGCUAUGCUAAGGCAAUCGCGUUUUGAAACAAUA